AUGGAGAUUGAAGAAGCAUAAAAAAUAUUUACAAAUGUAAAUAUCCAAUAUUAUUGUGAAAAUUUGCAUUCAAUCAAAAAGAACUUUGACUUAUAAGAAAUAAAAGAGAAAUUAGAUUAACCAGAGAUGGUUGUUAAAAAUAAAAAGGAGCUUAGUCUUGUCCGCUCAAAAUCAAUUAAAAAAGUGUAUUAAAUAAAAGUACUUAGAAACAAAAAGAAUCCUUAAAAGAUUUUAUAUAAAUUGGACUUGGUUGGAUAGACUUAAGAUAAAUUUGAUUUUGUUGAUUAUAAGGAUAUUUUCUUUGAAUAGCCUUUUUCUACCAAAUAGUUAGUUGAUUCCUUUAAAGAAGAAGUUGUAGAAAGUAUUUAGCAGAUUUAUAACCCUCUAAAGAAAAUUCUUAAUCUUAAAAACAAGACAUUAAAUGAUAGCGAUAAUAAUUUUAAGUCUGACAUAUAAAAUAUAACAAGUAGACUGUAAAGCGAAGACUAAUAAAACUAAAAGGAUAACUUAAAAAUAGAGGGAGAGCCUAUAAAAAUAGAAUUUGAUAAUCAGCUUAAUUAAAAAUAAAUAGAAAACAAAGCCCCUUUUCUUAAAGAUGAAGUAAAUCCUAGGGUUUAUCAUUAUUGUAUUUAGCCUCAAUCUUUUAUGAAAAACUACAAGUUGAAUAAAUUAGAAUUUUUUAGAGAAAACCUAAACUACGUACAAAGGUAAUAAAGGCAAAGAAAUAUUUUUUAGUCUAUUCAGAUUAGCUUCGACGACCCAUAAAUACCAUUAUAAACAAACUAUAAUAUGGAUUCAUUCUAAGAAGACUAACUAUAUUAAAUAAUGAAAAACCUGUUCGAUUAAAGGCCUAUUUGGAUUCGUAACAGCUUGAUCGUAUAUCUAAACAAAAGAAACAUCAAAUACACACUCUUUAAUUUUAGAAAAGCAUUAGCUAUGCUUACUUAUAAUUACAAAGAUGGCCCAUGGAAGCAUGCAUAUGUCAAGUUUGGAUAUAACCCAAAAGAGAAUAAAGAGGCUGUUCAUUAUCAAGUGAUUGACAUAGUUGUGUUAGACAGAGAAGACUAUGAAUAAGCUAAAGAAUAUAAUCCUAUUUAAAACACUUAUGAUCCAACUUAUAUCGAAAAGCCUCAACAUUAUAGACAUAUGUACAUGCUUUGUGAAAUCUAAGAUGAGAAUGUAAAUAAGUUCUUUUAGAAGGCUUUAGAUAAAUUAAAUAAGUCAGAAGUUAUUGUACCUUGUAAAAAAUCUGGGUGGCUUCAAAGUAUUGAUAUAAAACGUAUUUAAAAAUUAAUGAAAGAUAAGUUUAAAUUUAAUUGA